AGGAGUUGUUGUCACAGCAACAGAGAGGUACAACUAUGGCGAAAGGAGAUGAACGUGCAGCUGAGGAGGUCUUAAAAGCAUUGGCUCGGCAAUUAAACUGUUUAAAUGAAGACAACAAAAGCACUAGAAAACGUGCUCUAGAGACAAUUAAAAAAGAAACAAUCGAUAAGGGCUUGUCAAGCGUUGUUUUACAAGAGAUUUUCGAGUCUCUCCUGAAAUCGCUCUUGAAAUGUCUGUCCGACCCUAUGGAAAGAUGCAGAGAAAUCGCCAUUCACAUGAUUGGAGAUUUCAUUCGUUGUGUUCCACAACCAGAGGACUCUUUGCCUUAUCUAAUGCCUGCUCUUUCUCAGAGACUUGGUGGAAAAGAAAUAGUGGAACCUGCGGAAGAGUUGCGAUUAACCAUGCUUGAAGUGAUUUCUCUAACUGUGGAAGUAUGUGGGAACAGACUUGCUCCGUAUCUUGAAGAUAUGGUUAAGAUUUUACAACGAACAAUCGUCGACCCAUUCCCGGACGCAAAAAGAGAAAGUUGUAAAUGUACCAUCAAUUUCGCCAAAACAGUGUCAGAGCAUUUCCACAUGCAGGCAGAGAGCCUGAUAAAGCCACUGAUGCAGACUAUCACACAUCAGCACUCGCGCGUGCGGGUCGCAGUCAUCGAGGCCACAGGUGCUGUCAUUCAGCAUGGCACGGGCAAGAAUGUAGAUGACGUGCUAUCCCACUUUGCCCAGAGGCUGUUUGACGACUCCCCCCAGGUACGGAAAGCUGUGACUCUGGUGGUUGGUGAUUGGCUACUGAACCUUAGAGAUCGCUACUCCUACUUCCACAAGCUCAUCCCUCUCCUACUCAGCUCCUACCAUGAUGAAAUCCCCGAAAUCAGACAAAUCACGGCAGACCUGUGGAGGCAAGUCGGAGCCCAGUGGGAGAAGGAGAAUGAGGACGAUCUGAAGGACAAGAUGGACUUCCUGUUGACGUCCCCGCCACUCUACCCCUCUGGAGUGGAGCGUCCUGGCCUGGGCUGCCGGGAGCUGGUGGUGAGGAACCUGUCUCGUCUGAUGCCGGCGGUGGGCCGGGACAUUGGCGACUGGCUGGUGGGCACGCGGGUCAAGACCGCCCAGCUGCUGAGCCUGCUGAUGCUGCACGCCGAGGACCACUGCACCCAGCACCUCCAGCCGCUCCUCAGCACGCUGUACCGCGCCUGCUCCGACCCCGAGAGAGACGUGGUCAAGCCUGCUCUGGAGUCAGCGCGUCUGCUAGGGACGUUUGUAGGUGCGGACGUGCUGCUGAAGCUGCAGCUGGCUCACGUGGAGAGCGCCCUGUCCACCCACCCCUCGGCCCCCUGGACACCCCUCAUGGUGCUGGGAGUGGCACUGAGGGGCAGCUCGGCCCAGGCCCUGCGCCCCCACCUCCCGCACAUCACCAACACACUGGCACUGCCCGAAGUGUGCCAGGAGGCCACGCAGGCUGUGUAUCUGGAGCAGGUGCUGGAGUGUGUGGAUGCACUGCUGGAUGUGUGUGCUGGAGACUGCAGUGCUGUCAGCCUGCAGCUGCUCAAGGUGCUCAUCACUGUGGAGAGCCUGGCCACAGAGCAGGAGAUCAGAGACCGGGUGGAGGUAUGUAUGCAGAGCCUGUGUGAGGCGGAGGGGGUGGGCGUGGCCUGUGAGGCGUACCGGCGGCACAUGCCGGCAUUGCUUGAGUGGCUGUCCAUCAGCCAGCACAGCUGGACGGGCUACAGCCUGCAGCACACACAGCUGGAGGUUCUGGCCACGCGCGCAGGCCCAGUGAUUGGGGAGUUCCUGCCCUUGUUGCUGCUGCUUCAGAGCUGCCUGCAGCCCAGCAGAGACCCAGAGAUGAGACUGCACCUCUUCACCAUGCUCUCCAAGAUGCUACUCAACGCUCCACACACCCUCGACUCACAGGGGCGUUUCAGUGAGCAUGUGGAUGUGUUUGUGUGUGUGAGGGUGCUUCCUAACCUGGUGUGGCAGGCGGGACGCACGGCUGCUGCCAUCCGAACCGCUUCCCUCAGCUGCAUGCUGGCCCUUCUCACGGGUGGCGCCAUCACCACACAGCAGCUGCUGUCGUUUGAGGACAAGCUGACUCCUCUGCUGGUGUCUGCUCUGGAGGAGGACUCCCAGAUGUGUCGGAUCCUGGCCUGCCAGUCCAUCAGCACGCUGUUAAAACUCACUGGGCCCGACCUGCAGCCAGACACUCUCAACAAGAUCUACCCAGAGGUCCUGAAGCGUGUGGAUGACAGCAGUGAGGAGGUGAGGUUGGCGGCCCUGAAGACUCUGGGUGUCUGGCUCUCCUCUCUGGGUAAAGACUACAACUCCCAUGGCUACCAGCCCCACCUGGAGUUCCUCUUCCAGCAGCUCCUGCUCUACCUGGACGAUACUGACCCCAAGGUGCAGGAAAACACAUUUGAGGUGUUAAAAGCAGGAGGUGCCGUCCACCCGACUCUGUUGCAAAAAGAAGUGGAGGCGGCGAGGGACAAACAGCGCUGCCCAGUCUACUGUGACAAGCUACUUCAGCACACUCAGUCAGUUAAUUAAAGACCCCAGCAUACACAGACUGUUAAAACCCAAAUACAUUUUACUGUUGAUUAUUAGAUGUUGAUUUCAUUUUGUGCGUCAGAUUUCUGAGUCAAUGUUAAUACAAGGUAGGGUGUUAUGGUGAUGAAUAUUGUCUUUGAUUUGUUAAUGCUGAUAAGAGCCAAGUGUGCCUUCCUGUUGUUUGUGUACAAUAUGUUUGAAAUUAAAAUCUGACAUUUCCACUC